UUGUUGUAUCUUGUUCGAGAAAGUGCAGCUCAAAGCGCUGGAUGGAAUAUUUGGCCUAAAUUGUUUAGCUGGCAGAAUUUUGCGUCAGCAGCACAGUGAGCUAAAUAUACCCAGCAGUGUUAAAUAAGGGCAUGUAGCAGCUCAGGAAAGCCCAGUGUAAUACGAGCCAGACGAGCAGACACAAGUCCGAAACCAAAUAGAGUACAUUGUCUCACUACAAAAAUACACCCAUGACUGGAAGGGAAACUAUUCCUCUGUGACAUGCGAUCUUCCGGAAUUUCCCACAUAUCUACAGGACUGUAAAGUUCAGUAUGACCAUAAAUUGUGACGUCUGUGGGAUUCUGGCCAGUUUAUGCAUGCAGGGUAUGACGACUCAGUUUAAAGGAAACAAGACUUUAAAGGUUAAGAAGGAGGUGGGUGAGAAUGCUCCGGCCCUCUGUGAUGACGAGCUGGUGGCCAUGUCGGUGCGUGAGCUCAACACACACCUGCGUGGGCUGACCAAGGAGGAUGUGGUGCGGCUGAAGCAGCGGCGGAGGACCCUGAAGAACCGGGGCUACGCCGCCAGCUGCCGCAUCAAGCGGGUCACCCAGAAGGAGGAGCUGGAGAGGCAGAAGCAGGAUCUGCAACAGGAGGUAGACAAGCUGGCCCGGGAGAACGCCAGCAUGAGGCUGGAGCUGGACGCCCUGCGCGCCAAGUAUGAGGCCCUGCAGUGCUUUGCCCGGACUGUCACCUGCGGGCCUCUCUCACCAGGCAAGGUGGCCACCACCAGUGUCAUCACCAUCAUCAAGUCUACAAACAACCACAACUCCAGCCCAACCUCCUUCUCAGCUCCCUCCUAGUUGUGACAGAACUGAGCUCUCGUCUCCCCGUCCUUACCUGUUUCGACCCGAUCCAGCCUGAAACCAAUUGCACCUGACCCAUGCUGAGAGGAAGCUCAGUAAUUAGACUGAGGGAAGGGGGUGGGGUGGCCACUAGCUCUGUGUGAUGAUAACAACAUGAUGCUGCAUUCAUUCUCUACUCUCUUUCUCUCACAUAUUGUACACAAUCUACAUUGUCUGUGCACUGUGCUACAACCGCCCCAGCACCGGCCGGGCAUUGGGCCUCUCUGACCCUCUCUCCUUGACUGAUGGCAGAGAUUAGCUCAUACUACAGUGUGAGUGGAUACUUGAUAUUAUACCCCGCGAUGGCAGCACUGGUCUGAGACAGCUCUGAUGCCUGUGGUAUCUUGCAUUUACAGAGUAUAAAGUAAUAUAUAUUAUUGUAAUAAUUACCGUAUUAAUACAUUAUAAACAUUUAAAAUAACAAACAAACAAAUGCUGAUCUAAGCCUAAAAGCCUUCUUUCUUCUGUAUAUGAAAGCAUAUACUAAUGUCACAAUGAAAAUUGAGGCAUUGAAGCUUUUGCCUUAAACUGAUCUCGGAAUGAUCUCUCAGUAAUAUUCAUUUUUUUUGUCACUCUCAUAAAGUAUGUUCAAUAUUUUAAGCUUUAAUAUUUCCAAUUUCAAGGGCAGCUUGAAAACUGACCAAGCAUGUUUAGCUGGAUGAACCAGGCCCUUUUGACAUUGGAAAACUUUAUCUGGUUUAGACUGUAGAUUAGACUUGCAGGUAUAUAGCAUUAUAGCAUAGCCUACAUAAAAGAAUACAAACAUACUCAUGGGUUAUCCUCCUUACAGCUGUGAGGAACUAAAUCUACAGUACAAGUCAAAUACAAAUUAGGCUACAUCCGACAAAUGACAGAUCAUUGAACGGCACUUACUAUUAAACUGUUAGAUCGCGGUGUAAAAGUACCAACCUCACUUGGUUUGCAAAUGUUAAAUCAUAUAGCUGCAAAUUUACACCUAAAAUCAUAGGACACCUGAAGCAUCUUUUUGGGAAAUACCGCAGUCCAUUCGUGUAUUACUUUAGCAAUGGGAGAUUGUAUGAUGCUGAUCAUAGUUUGUGGUCUAUCCCAGAAUUGCUAAAGUUGCAGCUAGUUUAUAACUAUUGCCAAGGGUGGCAUAUUUAUUUUAUGAUAAUAAGACAAGCACUUACCUACGAUCUUUUGCCUCUGAACUUUCCUCCCCAUGCUAUGCCAUAUUUCAUGGUAGGUAAUCCAUAUUGGAUGUAGUGAUAAUGGGAGCUGCCUUGACAAAAUGAAAUGCAAUUCAAUGAAUUCCUGUAUAUUACAGACUUAAGCUAGACCCUCUAUUUUAGUUUCAAUGCAAGAUAAGGAAAAUGGAAGAUCAACUGCCUCCUGUCACUUUACAUUGAGAACUCUGCCCUCUUAGAAAUCAUUCCUACUGUUGGAUUGUCUGAAAGUGCUGCUGCCGGUGUUGGUAACUCUCUGAAACAGUAGACAUUGAACACAAGUGCUUUCGACACAGACUCUUGGGUAAGAGGAAUCCCGGCAUAAAACUCAAGAGAAAAAAAACUCUAGGAAUGGUGUCACGACCAAAUCCAAGUGUUACCCAUAAACAAGCACAGGUUAAGUAUGCUUUUUGAAGGGUCUAAGUUUCAGUUCUAGAUAAUUAUCUAGAAUCUAUAGUUUUUGCAUUUCAGCCCUUAUCGAAGUUAGUCACGAGUGAAGUCUAGAGUUGGCUCUUGUCAAGGUUUUCUCUUACCCUAGUGUACAUGAUUUUUCCUCUUCCCCUGUUUCUUAGCUGUAAAGAUCACGAAGGGGGACUUUGCUGCUGCAUGGCCCUCUGCUAUUUCAGGCAGGGCCAUUGCUGUGCUCUUAUCAUUCUCAUCUUGUGUUUUCAUUUGGUAUAUUUGUUAUUACACUUUAAUUCCCAUGUCUUUUAUAUAUGUGUGUGUAUUUUUCUAUAAUUGUUGCUUUAUUAUAGGUAUAUUAAAUACCUGGGAGUGGUGUGAUCUUGUAAUCGUCCCCUGACGUAAAAUUAUUCUUAUUUUCUGGCCUAUCUCAGCAGGAUAGUUCAAUUAUUAUCUAUAGCAUCGAUUAAAUCAUAAGGAAUCUAUUCUGCUGACUUUAUAGUUGUAUUUGUGUCUUCUUAAUGUCAGUUCAUAAAUAUUACCUGCAAACUACCCUCGGCUAGUCUGCAAAUUAGGCUGUCUGUGUUUACAGUCAUGCCUGUUUUAGAGUAGGUGGAUUGGGUAUAUUUUGAUAGGAAAGACUUACUUUGGUAGCUAAUUGCCAUAUGCCCACAUGCUAUUAUAAGGAAGAUACGUUUGUAUCACAUUGCUAAACUCCAAGACUUUCGAAGUUUGAGUUGAUGCUUUUGUGACAGCUAUGAAACAGAUACAAGUAUUACAAUUUGGAGGAGAAUAUACAGCAGAAUGCAAGUUAUGAAAUUACAGGUGAGGUGAAAACACUUGAAUUAUUUAGCACCCUUUUCUGAGCUUUACAGUGACCUCUGCUGGUACAUGCUGUGAAUAAGCACAUUAUUAUUGAUCAAAUUGUUUUGGAGACUUUUGCAGUCCACUUGCAUAUCAAUUUAUAAAACUUUUAUGCGUUAGUUAUUGCUUUCAAUUUCAUUCAAUUCUGUUCUAAACAAAGCCACAAUACUGUCUGACUCAAAUUUGAGUGCAAACAUAUACUUUUGUGUCAAAAUAAACAUCUAACGAAGUAGAUGCA